ACCACUCUAUACAGUCCACUGUGGGGAUGGAACUUCUUCGCGCGCAACCUGUCGCUAGUCGGUGGCCUGGUGCUGCUGGUGGCCGAGGCGCGUGUCGAGAACAAGAACAACUUUGCCGACGUGCCUUCAAUGGGUGACCAAGACAAGCAGAAGGCGGUCAUGCAGUUGGUGGGGCGUGUACUGGUGGGUCUGAUGUUCCUAACCUUGGUGCAUCUGGAUAUGAGCCCGUUCAAGAUGGUGAUGACGGCCAUUGACAUGCUGCUGCUGCUGUGUGUGGUGGUGGGAUUCAACACCAAGCUGUGCGCACUGGUGUUGUGCUUCAGUCUGUCGCUGCGCAACAUGUUCAUGAACCCCUUCUGGUCGGUCCCCACCUGGCAAGUGGACUACGUCAAGUACGACUUCUUCCAGACCCUCUCAGUUGUGGGUGGUUUGCUUAUGAUCGUGAAUCUCGGCGCUGGCGAUCUCAGUGUCGAUGAGAAGAAGAAGAAAUUCUAA